AUGUUGGACUUAUUUACAAUUUUCAGCAAAGGUGGGAUCGUGUUGUGGUGCUUCCAAGGGACUGCACAAUCUCUCACUUCGUCUGUCAACGCACUGAUCAAAAGCGUGAUUUUACAAGAGAGGGGAGGCUUGGGCUCGUUCACACAUGAAUCACUCUCCAUGAAGUACAAGCUGGACAACGAGUUUGAAUUAGUUUUUGUGAUUGGCUAUCAGAAUUUCCUGCAGCUUUCAUACGUGGACAAGUUUUUGAAUGACAUUCAGAUGGAAUUUAGGAACAGGUACAAAGACGAACUGCACAAAAACUUGCUGUGCCUCAAUCUUGAUGGCUUCACAGACUUAUUCCAUCAAAAGUUGAAGGCCUGCGAAAAAAGUGCUCAAACAGAAAAGACGAGGUUUGUGGUGAUGAAGACGUUCGACGAAUCUGUGAAGUCUCAGAAAACUGUAGCCUCGAUGAUUGAGAAGAAAAAAGAUGAUAAGAAGACCGCUCCUAAAAAAGAACCUUUGAAGCCUUUAGCCACGCCUCCUGCCUCCCCACCAACCAAUCAGAUCAAUGGAGUCAGCAGUCCCAGUAAACUUAAGAAGUUCAGCAAGAUGAACGCUGAGAAGAAAUCUUCUUCGACGGAUUCGAAGGUCGCAGGCAAGAAGGUGAAGGAGGGAAGGACUUGGGGGAACGGUGGGAGCAUGAAGGACGCCAAGGACCUGGAUUUCAGUGACGUCACGCAGAACGGUGAUGAUGCUAACAAAGCCGUUGUGGAUGUGGAUGAAAGGUAUGAUUCAAUGGCUGGCCAGCUGAAGGAAUAUGACGACGGAAGGCAGAGUUCCUCAGAUGACGAUGACGUUGAUGGCGGUGGUGAGGAGGUGAAGACGACGAUGACGACGAAGAAGAAGAGCGCGUUCGGUUUGUUUGACGGGCUGAAGAACCUGGUCGGAUCGAAGGUACUGACCAAAAAAGACAUUGAACCUGCCAUGGAGAAGAUGAAGGACCAUCUCAUUGCGAAGAACGUGGCGGCCGAGAUUGCGGGCAACCUGUGCGAGUCGGUCAUCACGAAACUCGAAGGAAAAGUGCUCGGAACAUUUAAAACUGUAGCCUCGACGGUGAAGCAGGCCCUGGAAGAAUCAUGUGUCCAGUUGCUGACCCCUCGCAAGAGGAUCGACAUCCUGAGGGACGCCCUCGAUGCCCAGGCCAAGAGGAAGCCCUACGUCGUUGUGUUCUGCGGGGUCAAUGGCGUCGGCAAGUCCACCAACCUGGCCAAGAUUUGCUACUGGCUGAUUGAGAACAACUUGCGCGUGUUGAUAGCCGCAUGCGACACAUUUCGAGCGGGCGCCGUCGAACAGCUGAGGACCCACUGCCGCAAACUGAACGCCAUACACCACUCGAAGAAGGAGCAGAUCAUGGCACACCUCUACGAGAAGGGCUACGGCAAGGAUGCAGCAGGUGUCGCCAUGGAGGCCAUCAAUUACGCUCGUGACUUCCAUUUUGAUGUUGUAUUGGUGGACACAGCAGGCAGGAUGCAAGGUAACGAGCCACUGAUGAAGUCGCUUGCCAAGUUGAUAAAAUGGAACCAACCUGAUUUGGUGUUGUUUGUUGGGGAGGCCCUGGUGGGUAACGAUGCAGUUGAUCAGCUGGUCAAGUUCAACCAGGCACUUGCCGAUUUUUCUGAUGCUGACGAUCCUCACCUCAUCGAUGGGAUCGUCCUCACCAAGUUCGACACCAUCGACGACAAGGUUGGGGCGGCCAUCUCGAUGACUUACAUCACUGGUCAGCCGAUUGUCUUCGUCGGCACUGGACAGACCUACUGCGACUUGAAGAACCUCAACGCCCGAUCUGUCGUGCAUUCAUUGCUCAAGUCAUAA